AUUCAAAUGAUAUGCAACAUUUUGGGAUGUCCUGAGAAGGUGCCGAUAUUUAGUUUCCUCCUGCAAACUGCGCUCGGGAUUCUGCCCACCAGGGGGCAGGGAGCAGGACUAUAUCAAACUGUCAUUGCAACAAGUUUCCAGUUUUGGUGGGAUGUGGGUAUUUGAGGGUUUUAUCGAGUGCUUUCUCCAAAGCAGAGCGGAUUGAACCAGGGAGACUGAGAGAAGAACAGAGUGGCUGUCUGCGGCGCUAACUAUGGAGCUGCCGACAUUUCUCACUGCGCUUUCUUUGCACUUGUGCGUUGCCCUGGCUGGAAUGGACUCGUGUUAUGAUGAGCAGGAGCCGGGAAGAGCCCAAAGGUGCAUGCCCGAAUUUUGCAACGCCGCUUUCGGUCGGAGUGUGCUGGCCAGCGCCGUGUGCGGUCACCCCGACCCGGAGGAGUACUGUCUACAGACCGGCGCCACCGGAGUCACCAAAUCCUGCCACACGUGUGAUGCCAGGCGGAGCCACAACUCCACCUCCCUCAACGACUUUCACAGCGAGGAAGAGCCCAGCUGGUGGCAGAGCCCGUCCAUGUUACACGGCGUGCAGUUCCCCAACUCCGUCAACCUGACCCUGCACUUGGGAAAGUCAUUUGAGAUCACCUACAUCCGACUGAAGUUUCACACCAGCAGACCGGAGAGCUUUUCCAUCUAUAAGAGGACGAGGGAGGAUGCCCCGUGGAUUCCCUACCAGUAUUACAGUGCUUCAUGCCGUCAAACCUACCGCACGACGGCCGGGACCUUUCUCCGCCCCGAGGAUGAAGAGCGGUUAGCAUUCUGCACCGAGGAGUACAGCGACAUCUCCCCUCUGACCGGAGGGAACGUGGCCUUCUCCACCUUGGAAGGGAGACCCAGCGCUUACAGUUUUGACACCAGCCCCGUGCUGCAGGAAUGGGUGACGGCCACUGAUCUGCUCAUCUCCUUAAACCGACUGAACACCUUUGGCGACGAUCUCUUCAAGGAUCCCCAGGUCCUGCGCUCCUAUUAUUAUGCCAUAUCUGAUCUGUCUGUGGGAGGCAGGUGCAAGUGUAAUGGCCAUGCCAGUGAGUGCGUAACCAAUGACCAGGGCAGGCUUGUGUGUGAUUGUCAGCACAACACGACCGGCGUGGACUGUGACAAGUGUCGUCCGUUUUUCCACGACAGACCUUGGUCACGUGGAUCAUCACAGACUGCGAAUGAGUGUCUGCCCUGCAACUGCAGUGGGAGAUCGGAGCAAUGCACCUUUAACGGGGAGCUGUAUCGCAGGACCGAACAUGGAGGGCAAUGCCUGAACUGUAGGGACCAUACAGCAGGGCCGCACUGUGAGAGGUGUGAAGAGAACUUUUACAGGAAGCAUGAUGCUGAUUCCUGCCAAGCCUGCAACUGCAGCCUCACGGGCUCACUGAGUUUGCAAUGUGACCAAAACGGAGACUGCAUUUGCAAAGCAACCGUGACAGGAGAGAAGUGCGACCAGUGCCAGUCGGGCUUUCACUCGCUCUCCGAGGGAGGGUGCAGACAAUGUGCGUGCCGCCCUGAGGGAAGUAUCGGUGUCUGCAAUCCACUCAAUGGAGAUUGUACCUGUAAACACAAUGUGGAGGGAGCCCUGUGCCACAGCUGCAAGUCGGGAAACUUUAACCUCCGACCUCACAACCCACACGGCUGCAUCAGUUGUUUCUGCUACGGACACUCGGUGGCUUGUACCUCGGCCUUGCAGUUCAGUGAACAUCGGGUAGUGUCGACCUUCCAACAAGACUCAGAUGAUUGGCAAGGCCAGGGAAUGGAUGGCAGGGAAUCUCCAGUGGAAUGGGAGAAGAAUCGGAUCAGUCUGUUCCCAGAGAUUGGGAAAUGGGAAUAUUUCAUUGCUCCAGUGAAGUUCCGGGGUAACCAGCUCCUCAGCUACGGGCAGAAUCUCACCUUCAUUCUUGAUGUGGAAAGUGACGAAGUACAGUCCUACAGCCUGAUUCUGGAAGGUUCCGGAAGGCAAGCAUCGACCUCCCUUCCUGCAGUGGUGCAGAAGGAAGCAUUAGCUCGGCGGUGGGAAGUCACCUUCAUACUCCAUGAAGCAGAGAACAGCACCCUCACUCCAACCCCAUCCAGCUCCCGGUUUCAACAGCUGCUCUCCAAUCUCACCGCUGUGAGGUUUGGCUGCUCAGGGGCUUCUUCCUUUCACCUGAGAGAGGUUACCUUGGUGACAGCCCGAGCUGGCCUCUCACCUCCCGCUGCGUGGGUGGAGGAGUGCUUCUGCCCGGAAGGAUAUAUCGGACAGUUUUGCGAGUCCUGUGGCCCCGAUUACAAGCGGGAAAUCCCCUUUGGAGGGCCACUGGCUCCCUGUGUUCCCUGCACCUGCAACUACCAUGGAACCUGCAACCCUGACUCAGGCGUGUGCCUGUGCAUGCACAACACCAAUGGAUCCUCCUGUGAGCAGUGUGCGAAUGGUUACUAUGGAAACCCAUUUCGGGGCAGAUACAACGACUGCAAGCCUUGCCCGUGUCCUGAUCAGUCCAACUGCGCCAUGAUAGAAGGGACAAAAGAGGUGGUGUGUAUCAGCUGCCCCGAGGGACAGACAGGGAACCAUUGUGAAAUUUGCGAUGAUGGUUUCUUUGGCGAUCCGUUGGGACAAAAUCAGCUCAUCCGGCCCUGUCGGCCGUGCCUCUGUAACGGGAAUACCGACCUCAACGCAGUGGGCAACUGUGAUCACUCGACAGGGAAAUGCCUGAAGUGCUUGUUCCACACAGUCGGGCAUUACUGCGACAGGUGUCAGGAUGGUUUCUAUGGCAAUGCAUUGGCCGCCAACCCAUACAAGUGCCGACCAUGUAACUGCAAUCCAGCUGGUUCAUCGAAUGAGCUUCAGACCUGCAAUGCUGGAGGUGGCCAAUGUGAAUGCCUCCCCAAUGUGACCGGUCGGGAUUGCAGCCGCUGUGAGCUGGGCUACUAUAACCUACUGCCUGGCGUGGGAUGCCUCAGAUGUGGCUGCCACGUGAUGGGAUCGCGGGACAGUUUCUGCCACAAUGAGACGGGACAGUGUAACUGCCGGCCUGGCGUCCAGGGGAGUCUGUGCGACCAAUGCAAGCGGGGCUACUUCGACCUCUCCGAGCGAGGUUGCCAAGCCUGCGACUGCUCUCCGCUGGGUUCCUCGGUGAUGCAGUGCGGGGGGAACGGCUCCUGCAUCUGUAAGGAGGGCUUCACUGGAUGGAAGUGUGAGCAAUGCCAGCAGAAUUAUUUCUAUCAGGCCACCUCCCUUCACUGCCAGCAAUGCCCCGUCUGCUAUGGCCUGGUCCAGGAUGAGGUCGAGCGUCUGCAGCACAGGAUGAACGAGCUGAAGCAAGAACUGGACAAAUUCAGCAGCCACCCUGAGCAGUUGUAUGAACUUUACACCAACCACCUUCAGUCAGCGCUCAAAGACAUGGAGGUGCAGUCAAAGGAGGGUCCACAGAGCCUCUUUGUGCAGCAGGUGGGAGAGGUGGAGAAGUCCCUGGAGAGGAUUGGCCUGAAACUGACCAACAUCAGCCGAGCCUUGGAGUGCGAGGGCAGCGGGGCGAAGCGCUGCCACCUAGUGUCCGACAGCCACCAUGUCGUCAGCAGCAGCCACCGGGAGCUCCAAGCAGCCAGAGAGGCCCUGGACAAGGUGCAGGUGCCCGUGCUGAUUCGUGGCGUUCCCGGCGAUGAAGCCCAGAACUGGACCAGGGUGGUUCGGGAGUCCCGCACUCUGGCGGAAAGCCACACUCGAGAAGCAGCAGAGGUGGAGUCAAUGGUGAGACAAGCCCUUGCUGCAUCUAACCAAAGUUACCUCCUCCUGUCAGGCAUCCUCGAGGACAAUUCCCCAGCAGGAGAUAUCACGCAGGCCGAGGACCGACUGCAGGUGUUCCAGAACAAAAUAGAAGAGCUGGAGUUGGAGGCGAGCGAGGUGCUGAAGGAAGCAAAGAGACAAUACAUCAAAAUUCAACAAGCUCGAGCUUCAAGCUCAAUUCAACUGCUGAAUAACACUGAGAUAAAGCUGGAGAGCUGGGACAACUUAACCGCAGAGAUUGAGAAUGUGGAGAAUGCACUUUGGUCCAAGGAUCAGCAGAUCAAGGAACUCUUCAUGGUGAUAGAACCUCUGGUGAAGAACUUGACCAAUGGGUUAGAAGCCAAACAAACGUAUGAGCAGUUCCUGAGACGCGUCAAAUCUGUGCAGGCCGCUGCAAAUGUGUCACUGCACCAAGCGCUACAGAUAAAGAAAGCAGGGCUUUCAUUGUUGAAAACCUUGGAAGAUAACAAGCAAAUGUUUUCUAUGAGGAGGCUGAAAACAAAGAGGGCAUCCAGGAAGAUGGGGCUGAGCGAGAGGAUAAUCGCAGAGGCGAAGAGGAAGACUGCCCAGGCCCGGCGGAUGUUGGGAACGGCCCAGUCGAGUUCUGCAGUCAGCAAUGCCACAGCCGUGCAAACCUCACGUGUCAGCAGAGGCAUUGCAAAGGAAGCCCAGAAGGUGAGGAGGCAGGCACGUGGUGAGGCCAUGCAGACUGGCUCACUGCACACGCAGCUGGAAGUCACACGGGAACAAGUUGAUGCCCAGGAGGGUCAGGUAGCAGCCUGGAAGUCUGUCAUCCAGGAGAACACCAAAACGGCAGCCAAGGUUCUUAGUGAGAUGGAGGUGCUGAGAAAGAGCACAAAGCAAGCAAAGCACUCCCUUGAUCGCGACGUGAAGCAGUUGAAGGAAUUGCUGAAAAAAAUAGAGAGCCUACAGAUUGGCCGAAUAACAGAGGAAUCCUUGAAUAAGACAGAGAAUCAGAUAGGAACACUCCGGUUGGCAAUCAAUCAGAAACUAACGCGGAAGGUGCAGAAGUUGGAAGCAGCCUCUGGGAUGCAGACCCUGAGGAUGAAAGUAUUUGAACAGGACAUUGUGGAGAUCGAGGCAGACAAGCAGAACCUGGAGGACAUUGUUCAGAACUUGCCCCAGGGUUGUUAUGCCAAAGUGGGGGCCAGAAGACAAUGAAACUUGAGGAAGAUGUUGAUGGCUGUGGAUAGUUUUUGAUAUAUCCCUGAGGUAUUUGCCACGCCACCAGUUAACUUCCAUUUAAUGGAUUAUUGUAAAUCGGUCAUUUGGUUGGGCAUUUACUCCAUCUGCAUUCCUCAGAUUUUUCCUUCAGCUGCUCUUUAUGUUAUCAGUAGCUUUGACAUUGUGGAGAGCCAUGACCCUCUCGUAUCUCAUGCAACUGGUUGGUGGCCUUGAAAAUCCUUCAUACUGUUUGCUGAAUGAGUCGAUAACCACCAAACCUAACACUCACCUUCUAACCACCCCCACCCCACCCCACCAUGUCAAGGUGGCAUUACAACUGCAACGUCUCACUGUAACUGGUCCCUGGUAUGGAGGCGCGUGGGAUGCAGGAACCGUCGCCUUAUUUUCAAAUUGAGACCAAACUGUAUUUGGUCGCUAAAUAAUCCUCAGCCAGCCCUUUGUUCAUUUACCCAUUAAAGGCCUGGUUGUGUUUUGAGAUCAGUAAAUCUCUUUACAUUCAAAUUUGUUUCAAAUAUAAUUUUCACUAAACAACCACUAAAUCACCAAUGCUGAUAGGGUCCAAACGAAUACAAGCAUUAACAAAUAUGUACAGUUAUGAUGUUCUUUAAAAAGAAUCCAUAUGUAUGACAAGAGUUUGAAGAUUCUCCUUGCUGGUGAAAUUCUAGCUCAGUAUUACUUUACCCUACUUGAAAUCUGUGAAGUGAGUGAGGAACCUAUUAGCUCUUAGGACUAAAGGAUUCAAGGGAUAUGGGGAAAAAGCUGGAAUGGGGUACUGAUUUUAGAUGAUCAGCCAUGAUCAUAUUGAAUAGCGGUGCUGGCUCAAAGGGCUGAAUGGCCUACUCCUGCACCUAUUUUUUUAUGUUUCUAUUGAACUUGGGCCUUUUUUUGUCCAUAUAGCAUUCAUACUUUGGCUGCCUUUGAAAGGAAUACUAUUCACUUUAUUAGCUAUUUCUGAGUUAAAGGGCCAGGCCUUUUUCAGACCCUCUAAUGUACAAAAUACAAUGUAAAAUAAUCAGCGACUGAGGACAGAUUUAGGUUGUUUUCCAUGAAUUGGAGAUUAAUCUUAAUAGCAAAGCAAUACAUUCCAUAUCACGGUAUUUGUGUAUUAUAAAACUAUGAAUCCAACAAACUACCAUUUAUAAAGUUUCCCUCUCAAACAUGAGAAAGUCCUAAAUGUUCUACAGUCACUCAGGUCCUCUGCUGUCUUCAUUCCCAACAGCAGUGGAGAUCUUUUGGUCCAUACAGCCGUGACUUGCAUAAAUAACAGUCUUAUCAAAGUGAAACAUUCUGAGACACUUGACAGGUGAGUAAUGAGACAAAAAACUGACACUGAACCAAUAAGGAGAUAGUGGCAUGGAUGCCAAAAGUUCAAUUAAGGUGUUUCAUGUUGAGUUAAAAUGUAAUUUCCAAUAAAUCACCAGUCUAAUUACAAUACUAAAAGAAUUUUCCCAUCCUAGAAUCCACAAUUUAGGAAUUUCAGAUUAUUCCUAAAUGAUACGAUAGAACUUUAUUCAUCCCCGGAGGGAAAUUGGUCUGCUCAGUUCAGUUUAGUUUAUUGUCAUGUGUACCAAGUUUGCUGAGUUUUCACGUGUACAAUGAAAAGCUUUAGUUGCGUGCUAUCCAGUCAGCAGAAAGACAAUACAUGAUUACAAUCGAGCCAUUUACUGUUCACAGAUACAUUAUAAGGGAAUAACAUUUAGUGAUCACAGUAUUGUUUGUAAAGUAUUCAAACAGCCAUGGACUGCAUUCACUCAAAACUAACAGGAUUGCUUAUCAGACAAUGUAAAGUUGUUUUGACUUUGAGACUCGUAAUGACAUGAAAUUAUAAAAGGUCCAUUUUAUAAUUUGCACCAGCAGCACACAACCUUGGACAACUACCCAUCCCAGUUCCCACACAACCUCUCCCCAAUCCACAUCUUCAAUCGCAUUCGUACUGUUCUAAUUUCCAAACAUACAAAAGGCAGCAAAUAAAUUUGUAUUGACUUUGUACCUUCAAGACAUCCCACAGUGUUUUAUGUGCAAGUUACUAUGUUUCACUUGUGGGAAACACAGCAACCAAUUUGCACACAGUAAACGUACACAAAAAGCGAUGUGAUAAUGAGUAGAAUAUUGGCCACGACACGCUCAAUGAUUGUCUCUUUUAUAUUACCUGAAACAGCAGGUGGUUAAGUUGUUUCUCCGAAAGUCAUUAUAAAAAUCCAACUGUUUCUCUGUUGUGCUUUGGAAAAAGAUGUAUUUAUUCAGGCUGGUCUACAGGAUCACAACUGUAGACACUGUAGUGUCCUUUGAAGAUGCAAUCACUACAAAGCUCAAUAAAAGAGAGCCCACUAUAUCUAGAGGCGAGAUCUUUACAGCUAAUCCCAAAUGUUGCGAUUUAAAAUAAAUUGAUUGGCCCUUGUAGGCCGCGCUCAAAUCAAUACGGUAUAAUUAUAUGCUUAAUGUUUUCAAUAGAAUAAAUAAAGAUCAUUUUUUAAUUGUCAUGGGAAUUUGCAGGGGGAAAGUGGGAGGCUUAUGGAUAGUUCUCUCAAAGAGCUUGCAAAGGCAAAAUGGGCUGACUGAGUCAGUAUGAUCCAGUGUUGAAGGAAUAGAAUUGUGAUUCUAUUCUUUCCCAGCACAAACCUGCUUCGAAUCUUAAUUCAAAAGAAAGCAAAAUAGCCUAAGAGUAUCACGGAGACUUCACAUUCUAUUCAUUCUUGCACUCAAAUUUUAUUCUGCUGUCUUUCUGUUUAAUAUGAUGCAUCUAAAAUUAAAUUUAUAGUAAUUGAUUCUGCA